AUGGACGUCAAAUGCCAAUGCGGCGCCAUCUCAUUCAAAACACCUACUCCGGAGCCCAUCAAACUCUUCCACUGCCACUGCCUCGAAUGCCGCAAACAAUCGGGCUCAGCUUUCGGCACCUCAGCAAUCUUCACAGCCGAAGGCCUAAUCCCCCUCCCAGAAGACCUGGAGUCCAAGAUGUCCGUCUGGACACGACCAACGGACGCAGGGGGUAUGAUGGACUGCUACUUCUGCAAGCGCUGCGGGAACCGCAUCCUGCAUCGCGCGAGGGACGAGAGUGGCAGUGAGCGCGGGACGGUGAGUAUUAAGGCGGGCGUGGUGGAGGGGUUGAAGUGGGAGGGGGCGGGGCAUAUUUAUACGCGGAGUGCGGUGGUGGACGUGCCUGAGGGGGGAUGCGAGGGGGCGCCUGAGUGA